AUGGAGAAUUCAGAAAAGCUCAUCAUCAAGUUAAUAUACGUUCUUGUAGCAUUUAGUGAGGUUUAUGGCAGAUAUUAUAGGAAUCUAGAAAGAUUCAAUAUUUACACAAACGGUGUAAUUUAUACUGUUGAUCCUAAAGCUGAUUCGUGGCAUUCCAAUCCUGUACAGGCAAUGGUUGUCAAUUAUCACACUGGUUAUAUCGAAUAUAUCGGUAAUAAUGGUGAUGCGAUGGACUAUAAGACAGAACUGAGCAAGACAUUUGAUUUAAAAGGGAAAACAGUACUUCCCGGAUUCCAUGAUGUACAUAUGCACCCUCUAGAGGCUAUGACAAAGCUCGGUGGAGGAUGUUCAAUUCCAAAGCAGACACCUCCCGAAGACAUUAAGUAUGCAAUUUCACAAUGUAAACCGACCAAUGAUGCACCUGGUUGGAUUUUAGGUCACGGUCAUUCGAUUGAAUUCAUUUUGGACCAUAUUGAAAAUGAAGGAAGACCACCAAAGGAGAUAAUUGACGAAAUUAUAAAUACUCAUCCAGUCAUUCUUAUGGAUGAAACAUCUCAUUCUGUAUGGGUUAAUUCAAUGGCUCUUAAAAAGGCGAGAAUCACGAAAGACACUAAAAAUAAUCCCGGUGGUAUAAUUAUGAAAGAUUUAGAAACUGGUGAACCGAAUGGUAUAUUAUUUGAAAACGCUGGGAAUGAAAUUAUGGACAUAGCUAUUGUAUCGUUUGGUAACCAAGACGCUGCAAACUACGAUGCUUUAAGUAAUGCUUUAUGGGAACUUAAAAAGAACGGAAUCACAUCCAUAUGCGACGCCAGAACUUACUGGAAACGAAACCAUCACACUACUUGGAAAAGGGUAUGUGAUAAUAACGAAUUAACCGUUCGAACUGUUUUAGGGCUUUGGGCAUAUCCUAGUAUGCAUGAUACAGAGCAAAUUCAAAAGUUGAAAGAUUUGCACACUAAUGAUUAUAACAGCAACAAAUGCUUUCUUAAAAUCAACGAAAUAAAAGUAUAUUCAGAUGGAAUAGUAGAUAGUACAACUGCUGCCAUGUUGGAACCGUAUGCAAAAAAUCUACAUUUACCUGGUCUAGUGGAUAAUAUUGGCAUGAAUUAUUUUACACAGGAUAGAUUGCAAAAAUACUUCGAACAACUACCAAAGUUUGACUUUCAUAUACAUGCUAUAGGUGACCGGGGCGUGCAAGAGGUUUUAAAUGCAAUUGAAAAAACAAAAGAAAUAAAUGGUAGCCGUCAUCGCAUGACUCAUCUGGAGAUUGUAAACAAACGUGAUAUUCCCAGAUUCAAGGAACUCGGUGUGAUUGCUGACUUCCAGGUUACUGGUGAAUUUACCCUACCGGGAGAAACAAGAGCCCCGAUUAUACAUUCUGUUGGUGAAGAUAGAGCAAAAGAUUUCAUACCAGUAAAAAGCGUUGCUGAUACAGGUGCCGUCGUGACAUUAAGUAGCGACUGGGAUGUUAGUAGUCUUAACCCGUUUAUAAGUAUUCAGCAUGCCACACAGAGGGAUCAGCAGUCAGUUUCUGUUAAAUCUGCUAUAGAAAUGAGAACAAUAAACGCAGCUUAUGCAAUGCGACAGGAGAAUGAAGUUGGCUAUUUAGGUCGUGGUAUGGCUGCUGAUUUUGUUGUUGUUAAUAAGGACAUUCUUAAAAUUCCAGUUCACGAAAUCGGUUCCACGAAGGUCGUGCAGACCGUGUUGCAAGGACAAACUAUUUAUCAGUUGGACAAAAAAUAA